GGGAGACACUCUGAGAAAGAGCACAUUGUGGGGGCCCACUCCAUGUGAUGUUUUCUUGAUUGCCUGUUCUCUUUUCUACCUGCGGAGCACGGUUCCCAUAAGGGCAGCGGGAUCAGCCUCCUGUCUCAUCUGGAAGACCACCACUCUGGGGUCUCAGAGGAAUGAUGGAAGCCUUGGGGUUUCUAAAACUGGAAGUGAAUGGCCCCAUGGUGACGGUGGCCCUGUCAGUGGCUCUCCUGGCCCUUCUGAAGUGGUACUAUCUUGGUCGUCGGAUGUUUAUUGUUAUUUCUGAGCCAGACAUGAUCAAGCAGGUGUUGGUUGAGAACUUCAGUAACUUUACCAACAGAAUGGCGUCGGGUUUGGAGUUCAAGUCGGUAGCCGACAGCGUUCUGUUUUUACGUGACAAAAGAUGGGAAGAGGUCAGAGGUGCCCUGAUGUCUGCUUUCAGUCCUGAAAAGCUGAAUGAGAUGACUCCGCUCAUCAGCCAAGCCUGCGACCUCCUCCUGGCUCAUUUAAAACGCUAUGCAGAAUCUGGGGACGCAUUUGACAUCCAGAGGUGCUACUGCAAUUACACCACAGAUGUGGUUGCCAGCGUCGCCUUCGGCACCCCGGUGGACUCCCAGCAGGCCCCUGAGGAUCCCUUUGUGAAACACUGCAAGCGUUUCUUCGAAUUCUGCAUCCCCAGACCUAUCCUGGUUUUACUCUUAUCAUUUCCAUCCAUAAUGGUCCCACUGGCCCGGAUUUUGCCCAAUAAGAACCGAGAUGAACUGAACGGCUUUUUUAACAAACUCAUUAGGAAUGUGAUUGCCUUGCGGGACCAGCAAGCUGCCGAAGAGAGGCGCAGGGACUUCCUCCAAAUGGUCCUGGAUGCCCGACAUUCUGCAAGUCCCGUGGGCGUGCAAGACUUUGACAUGGUCAGAGAUGUCUUCUCCUCUACCCGGUGCAAACCGAACCCUUCCCGGCAACACCAGGCCAGGCCCAUGGCCAGGCCUUUGACUGUGGAUGAGAUUGUGGGCCAGGCCUUCAUCUUCCUCAUCGCUGGCUAUGAAAUCGUCACCAACACACUUUCUUUUGCCACGUACCUACUGGCCACCAACCCUGACUGCCAAGAGAAGCUUCUGAGAGAGGUGGACCUUUUUAAGGAGAAACACAUGGUCCCUGAGUUCUGCAGCCUCAAGGAAGGCCUGCCCUAUCUGGACAUGGUGAUUGCAGAGACGCUGAGGAUGUACCCACCGGCUUUCAGGUUCACACGCGAGGCGGCUCAGGACUGCGAGGUGCUGGGGCAGCGCAUCCCCGCAGGUGCUGUGCUAGAGAUGGCCGUGGGUGCCCUGCACCAUGACCCUGAGCACUGGCCAAGCCCAGAGACCUUCGACCCUGAAAGGUCCAAACUGAAUCCAGACAUUUAGCAUUUCAGCAGCCCUGCAUGCAAGAAACAAGGCAAUUUCAAAUGAUUGUCUUCCAUUCAUUCAAGCCAGGACAUGGGAUACAGGAUUGUAUUUCAGGUCUGCACUGGAAAGUAACAGAACAUCAUUUCCUGUUUUAAAAACGGGCGUCUAUGCCAAAACAACAGCUUCAGCUAAUGUCUCCAUGAAUCUAAAUUCAUGGGAUCUGCUGGUUGACCUGGGUCCCCUCCUUCCACCACCUGGCUUUGGUUCAUUGUCUCCUCUCAUUUCUGGACUCUGUGAUUGGAAACAUCUGAGCAGGCGGCCACACCCUGGUCCUCAUCAGAACCAGUCAAUACCCCCUCUGUGUGCGUGGUCUGGCAAGGGAAAGGCUGGCCCGGCACCAGUUGUGUUUUCACCUUUCGUGGCUCCAACUGA